ACGACUCACCGUGAUCACUUCCGCCAUAUCGUGUCAACAAAAUAUUUUUAGUGCAUGUUAUAAAAUUGGGGAUUCCUAUCUUAGUCAGAGAUGACCUAAUAUUUAGAUGUGCUCUUUAGUUAUAUUUUACAACAUAUCAUGUGUCAAUACUGAAAACUACUUCAGUUUCUUUGUACUUGACGAUAAAGUGAACUAAUUUUAUGUGACAGUCCAGUGGAACAAAAGACAUUUAAUUUGAACCCUGAACUGAAGUAGGCCUAAAGAUGGGGUUGCUGUUUUCACGUUUAUGGAGUUUAUUCACCAAUGAAGAGCACAAGGUGAUCAUAGUUGGGCUUGACAAUGCAGGGAAAACUACUAUACUCUACCAGUUUUUGAUGAACGAGGUAGUGCACACGUCGCCCACGAUAGGCAGCAAUGUAGAGGAGGUGGUGUGGAAGAAUAUACACUUCCUCAUGUGGGAUAUUGGGGGACAGGAGUCCCUCAGGGCUUCCUGGAACACUUACUACACAAAUACUCAGUUUAUCAUACUAGUCAUCGACAGUACGGACCGUGAACGUUUGUCCAUCACCAAAGAGGAGCUUUACAAGAUGAUGGCCAAUGAGGACCUUAGGAAGGCUGCGGUGCUCAUACUGGCCAACAAGCAGGACAUCAAGGGCUCCAUGUCGGCAGCAGAGAUCAGUCAACACCUCAACCUCACCUCAGUCAAGGACCACCCCUGGCACAUACAGGCCUGCUGUGCACUCACCGGCGAAGGUUUAUAUCAGGGACUCGAAUGGAUUACCAAUAACUUGAAGAGACGAUGAUUUGAGGAAAUUAGUAUUAUAAUUGACUUACAGUAGUGGUUGUCGUACAUGUUGGAUGUGAAAUCUUGAUUUUGUUGAGCCUGUGGCACAGACUCAGGAAUUUUUCAUCACUGUGGCAGCAAAGGUCAGCUGAUCGGACUCAGUGAAAAGGCAAGCAUAAACAAGUUGCUGUUGGAAAGUUAAUUUAGUUGCAUGCUGCCUUUGAAUCAAGGCUGCAUUACACUCUUUGAGGUACCAAAACGAAAUCAUUGUGAUUUUCUUUUUUUAUAAGAAUUGAAAUGUCAGCUAUGUUUUGAUUGAUGGCUAUUUAUAGUAAAAGUGUCAUGAAAGAUGCAUGGCCUUGUAGAUGAAGAAUGGAUCUGUACCAAUGAGAUAUUUUAAUAAAAUAUUUUAUUUACCAGUAUAUGAAAAAAUCAAGACCAGAGUUAUACUAAGUUUUGCUUUUCAAACCUUUAAGUUCUGAAGUAGUCUAAAUAAAGCCAUUUGAAGAAUAUUUUAUUUUUUGUUUUUAUUGACAGAUUAAAUAUAAUUAAAAUAGGAUUUCUUGAAAAUGUUUAUUUAUUAAAGUGGAAAGUGUUGUUUAAAUGAUGUUUAAACAGGGUGUUACAUUUUUAGCUCUAAAUACCAAAUAGUGGAAUGUCUGUUGGAUGAAGCAAUACAAAUGUAUUUUAAAUUGUAUUGUAGUAUUUUUAUGUUGAAGUUGUAAGUCUCAUUGUCAUUAAAAUCACACCAAUAAUACAUGUUACACAAUUCUUGUGUCUGGAAGGUCCUGCAGUUAUUGGGGGCUUUUUUAGUUUAAGCAGUAUUGUUUUGUGUAAAAAUGUAUUGUUUUGAAGUCUUGAGUAAAAUAAUUCAAAAGUCUCGUGAUUUUUUUUUAUAUGGUAGAGCAAUAACAUAGUGUUGUGAAGACUUAUUUUCCUAUCAAAUUUAAAUCUAAGUUGACUAUAUGCUUAAAAAUAAUUAUAUUUAUUUAGAUACACAUGCGUACAUGUGGUAGGCAUUUUCUAGAAGGGACACAACUCACAAUUGUAUUGUUAUGAAGUACAAGAGUUACCCCCCAUUGUUGUUACAUUUUAUUGAUGAAAAUAUAUAUUAAUAUUUUCCAUGAUAUAAUGUAAUUUUAUAUGUCAUUCUAUGUCUUCGCCAAUGGUGCUUUACUUUUCCAUUUUCAACAUGAAAUGAAAUACAUAAUGUGUGAUUAAUGCAUAUUCAAUUAAGGUGGUUGCUAGUUACAGACAAAAGUAAAUUAAAUGACUAGUUUUUUUGUUUAAAAUUUGGUGCCAGAAAAAAGGAAAAAGUAUAUACUGGGUCCCGAAUGGGACCUUAAAAUUCUCAAUUGAUGGUUUCCAAAAAAAAAGUUUUGGUCAUCUCCCAUUCAGCUCCAUAAGUUGAACCUGAGUAAAUGUAAUAUUGAAAACACUUAUACUCAAUUAUUUUUUUUAGCAAAACAACAAGAACACUUAUUUCCCAAUUUAAGUCAAAACGCAACGAUUUAUCCCAAUCCAAAGGGACCCGACCCCUUUCCCAAAAUGGUGAAAAAAACACACUGAUGACCUAAAUGAGAAGUUAAUCUUUAAGACAGAAAUUAUCUUGUGAGACAAGUUUUGAAGAAUUAUUGCCCUUUGUGGGUUUUACCACUAUAAAAUAUAUUGUCCCAAAAUGUGUAUCUCCUCUUAAAUUUUUGAGUAGAUUUUAUUAAAACUUUAAUAGCUGAAUGACCUUAUUGUGUAGAUGAUUGGAAGUUAAUGAUUGUUCAUGGUGACAAGUUUUGGCAGAAUAAUGGCUCUUUUUAGUCUGUUUUUCCACACAUGAAUUGUAAUCUUAGAAUACUGUAUUUUUAACUUCUCUUUAACUGCUUGACAUGUUAAGCUCAAACUUCGCCAGAUUUUUAGCUCGUCUGUUUUCGAAUAAAACCCGAGGUAUUGUCAUAGCCAGCUCGUCGUCUGCCGUCCGCGUCUUGCUAAAAUCUUGACAUUUGGCACUAAAAUCAAAGUGCUUCCACCUACAACUUUGAAACUUCAUAUAUUAGAUGCACCUUGAUGAGUUCUACAUGCCACACCCAUUUUGGGUCACUAGGUCAAAGGUCAAGAUCACUGUGACCUCUUAAAAAAAAUCUGACAAACUUUCAUUUAUUGAAAACUGCACCCGCAGCCGAGCGUUGGCACCCGUUUUGCGGUGCUCUUGUUUAAAAUAUAUUUUACUCAUUUUUCCAAUGUGUUACAGUCCGUUUACACAAAUUUAUUUGUUGUUUGUGCCCACUUUUGUGUGACUUGAUAUAAAAAUCUGAAUGUAUAGAAGGUGAUAUUGCUGAAAGUGUUAUAACUGCGUACAUUUUAAGUACAUGUUGACAUCUGUGUUGUAGCCCUGUGAAAAUGUGGAAAAUGUUGGUGAAUGAAACCUUAAACUUAAAAGCUUAAACGUUUUAUUGCUAGGUUAGAUUUAUUUUACUAGUUAUAUUUGACUAAGUCACUUUUGAGUUGAGUGUUUUGACUUCGACUUUAAAUCUUUUUCACAUACAUGUAUAAACUGUAUAUUAUAAAGAGAAUAUGAAUUUAAAACAUCAAACUGUCAAAGUGGUCUGUCUCUACAUUUCGACCGAAACUUUAUCUUAAUCUUCAUAGAACAGCCAAUGAAAAUACUCCUGUUUCACCAUUAUUUUUUUAUGGGAAAUGAAAGUGUUGUUUUUUUUCCUUUUUCAAGAUUUUACUCACUGGCUGAGAUUUUCAAUAAUUUAUGGUAAUAAAUUCAGACACUGACAUUAAAAAUGGAAUCAUUUUAUUAGUUUCUGUGUUAAAGGCUAAUGUAAUGUGGAGUCUUGCUAUAAAAAUAUACUUAAAUUUAUCAUAUGUAUUCAAUUUGAAUGUGUGAUGAAAUACAAUAAAUAUACUGAAAGAGGUUAAUAUAAAACCUUGAAUUAUAUUUUUCCAUUGAAAAACAACCACAACAUAAUUUACUCACUAAUUAAAAUUCUUAUUGGAUUGAUCAUUAACAAAACUGUAACUGGGUUUGUAGUUUUUGUAGAACUUUUAGUUGUGCACACACUAUGUAAAAUCAAUUUAUGCCAGAGGUGUUUUGGCACGAAGCAAGUGCUAUUCUGUCUUUAAAUAUUGCCAAUAUGAAAAGUAAUGGACAGUUCUGUUUCAGUUUUCCUGCCACCUGUGCUCAAUAUUUCUUUGCCAUGUUCACCAAAUAAUCUUCUUCAUUAUUCAGUUUAGUACUUCUUUAUAAAUUCAUUCUUUCAGUAUAUUAUAUUGAUAUUUUUUAUUUAUAAAAAUCUUAAAUUGAAAACAUUCUUAUUUGUUUCACCAAAGGACCAGGUGUUCUUUUUCUGAAUGACUGUUUCUUUGUGAUAUAUAAAUUACGUACAUUUAUUGUGUUUGGACCAGAAUGUGUGGUGAAAAUCCUGUAAAAAAAGUAGUAAAAAUUUUACUUUAAAUUCUCAAUGAUUUUGGCCAGUAUGUUAAUGUGCUUUUGUUAUUAUUAUUCAGCCUUGUCCAUUGUUUUGAACAAAAUGACUCACAUGGGAACAUAAUGAUGAACGAUAAUAACUGUUUUUCUGUAAUGUUUUUUUUUCUCAUAUAACAAGUAUGUUUAAAAAUAUUUUUCCCUCAGUAAAUAACUAACUGCGCAUUUUAAGUGUAAGCUUCUUUUCCACUCAUGUCAAAAUAUAAUAGGAUGCUUUUUCAGAGUUUUUAUUUAUACAUGCCUUUUUCUUCCAGAAUCAUAUACAUGAGCUGCACUCUUGGAAAACCAGUCUUAAUGCAUGCACUCUGUGAAAACAAGUCUUAAUGCAUGCACUCUGGGAAAACCAGUCUAAUUGCAUGUGGGUGAAGUGUUGCCCCAGAUUAGCUGGUGCAGUCCCCAUAAGCUAAUCAGAGACAAUGCUUUCCACCUAGACAGGAUUUUUGUUUACAAGAGACUUCCUUUAAAUGAAAAAUUCCAUAAAAGUGCUUAAGUUUUGUCCCUUAUUAGCCUGUGCGGAGUGCACAGUCAUAUCUGAGAUACUGGGCACUACACUAUGAAGCCCUGUUUUCCCAGAGCCUGGUUUAUAGGCUGUUUUUGGAGAAAACCCGAGCUUUUGUCACAGCCAGCUCGUCCGCCGCCGACGUCCGCCGUAGGCGUCGUGCUAAAACCUUAACAUUAGCUCUAAAAUCAAAGUGCUUCCACCUACAACUUUGAAACUUCAUAUGUAGAUGCACCUUGAUGAGUUCUACAAGCCACACCCAUUUUGGGGUAACUAGGUCAAAGGUCAAGGUCACUGUGACCUCUAAUAUCAAACUUUAACAUAGGCUCUAAAAUCAAAGUGCUUCAACCUACAACUUUGAAACUUCAUAUGUAGUUGCAUCUUGAUGAGUUCUACAUGCCACACCCAUGUUUGGGUCACUAGGUCAAAGGUCAAGGUCACUGACCUCUUAUAUAAAAUUUUAACAAAAACCUUAACAUUGCCUCUAAAAUCAAAGUGCUUCCACCGACAACUUUGAAACUUUAUAUGUAGAUGCACCUUGAUGAGUUCUACACGCCACACCCAUUUUGGGUCACUAGGUCAAAGGUCAAGGUCACUGUGACUUCUAAAAAAAAUAAAAAAUAUUCUGACAAGCUUUCGCAGCCGAGCGUGGCACCCGUUAUGCGGUGGCACCCGUUAUGCGGUGCUCUUGUUUUUAAUUGCUUCAAUUGAUUUGAAGAUUUGUGCUAGUUAAAAUGUUAAAUGCACUUUUACUCACGGCAUUCAAAGCAGGUGUUUCUAAUUUAAAGUGCUUCAUUGUAUGCCCAGGAUUUUGUGACUUAAUGCUUUUACAAUGUGUCUCAUGUACAACAAACAGGUAUGUGUUACAGAAAAAUAUGUGAAAGUUUUUUUAAAUGUAAUUUCUUUGUAUUUAGCAAAUAUUUUAAUUUAUUGAUAUAUAUUUAUGAAAACAUUUAUUCUGGUGGUUCACUUAACUUUUUGCCUAGGAUUGUGUUCACCAAUUUUUAGGAUUGAUGUUUUUAUUUGUAAUUAUGAUUGGAUGGCAAGACAAUGUAAAAAGAAAGUUGAUUUUAAGAGUGUUGUGUUGUCAAAAAUGUGAAGAGACAUGAGUAUUGUUAAACAUGUGCUUAUGAUGAUGUUUUGUUGACAUGUUUUAUAAAAAAGAAAUGAACUAAAUGUAUAUUUGUGAAUAAAGUCAAUAAACAAAGGAA